GUAGAGGGUUAGACGUGUACAGCAUGUAAGGAUACUAUGCAGUUAGUGGUAUAUUUCUGUAAGCUUGAAGUUGAACCCGAGUAGUUUUCCGCUUUUUCCUGUCCAGAGUUGAACACGUUUCCACGUUUCGGUUUGCAGCUCCAGGCGCCAGAUGAAGCGUAAACUCCAGUUUAUUAAAAAAUCCCCAGUAUGUUUCCAACAUUACCGAUCUGCCAACACUGACUAGUUUCCACUAUUUAUUCAUUUAGUUUGAAGAAGAGACUCUUUUAGAUCCAGGAAGAGGUUCUUUUUGGUUUGUUCUCCAAGGAUGGAAAAGCCCCCGUUGCCUAGGGAUGAAGAUGUUCCUGGGAUGGCCGACAAUCAAUCAGCGAUGACUCUGGUGUCAGAUGAAGGAGCGGGGCCUGACGAAGAGGUAGGGCAGGGGGAGGAUCGUCCUGCAUGGGACAGUAAGCUACAGUACGUCCUCGCCCAGGUGGGCUUCAGCGUCGGGCUGGGCAACGUGUGGCGCUUCCCGUAUCUCUGUCACCAGAACGGAGGAGGAUCGUUCUUGUUGCUGUAUGUGAUGCUGCUGCUGUUGAUUGGAGUUCCUCUGUUUUUCAUGGAGCUGGCUGCGGGACAGAAUAUCCGACAGGGCAGCAUCGGUGUCUGGAAACACAUCUCACCACGGCUCGCCGGCAUCGGAUACUCCAGCUGUGUGGUUUGUUUCUUCAUGGCUCUGUACUACAACGUGAUCAUUGCCUGGGCUCUGUUUUACUUGGGAAGUUCUUUCCAGUACCCAUUACCAUGGCAGCAGUGUCCCAUAGAACAUGGCACUAACCAGACAGUGAAGGAGUGUGCUCUCAGCUCUCCCACCUCAUAUUUCUGGUUCCGUAAGGCUCUUGAUAUCUCCGACUCAAUUGAUCAAUCUGGAGAGUUUAAUCCUGUCAUAACCGGUUGCCUGCUUGCAGCGUGGGUUAUAGUCUGUCUCGCCAUGAUCAAGGGCAUCAAGUCGUCAGCCAAGGUGAUGUACUUCUCCUCUAUUUUUCCGUAUGCGGUGCUAUUCUGCUUUCUCAUCAGAGGGCUGAUGCUGGAUGGAGCCAUCGAAGGACUCACCUACAUGUUCUUUCCGAAAUUAGAGAUCUGGGGUGAGGUGCAGGUCUGGCGGCAGGCUGCCACUCAGGUUUUCUUUGCCCUCGGUUUGGGCUACGGAUCCGUGAUUGCGUACUCCUCCUACAACCCGAUCAACAACAACUGCCACCGGGACGCCCUCAUGGUUUCCUGUAUCAACUUCAUGACCUCAGUGCUGGCCUCGCUGGUCGUCUUUGCGGUGCUUGGCUUCCGAGCCAAGAACAUUGCCCUGGAGUGUGUCGUGGAGAAUGUGAGUAAGUUGUCAGAGAUGGCAGCUUCAGGCACAGCUCAGCACUGGUGGCCGUGGUUCAAUAUGUCCGACCCAAGAUCUGUUGAACUGAAGGAUUACCAGGAGUGGUUCAAGCAUUAUGGGAGCGUGCCAGGCUCAAAUAUCACCGAUUGUAACCUGGAGAGAGAAAUGAACAAGGGAGUGGAAGGGACUGGUUUGGCAUUUAUAGCCUUCACCGAGGCCAUGGCACUCUUUCCGGCGAGCCCGUUCUGGUCAGCGUUGUUCUUCCUCAUGCUCCUGAACCUGGGUCUGUCCACCAUGUUCGGCACCAUGCAGGGCAUCCUCACACCACUCAUGGACAACUUUAAACUGCUGGGCCGCCACAGGACACUGCUCACCGUGAUCAGCUGUAUCCUGGGCUUCCUGAUUGGUCUGCUCUUCACUCAGCGCAGCGGGAAUUACUUUGUCACCAUGUUCGAUGAUUAUUCUGCUACUUUACCACUCAUGAUCGUUGUCAUCUUUGAGACGAUCAGCGUGGCUUGGGUCUAUGGUGCUGAUCGGUUUCUGGACGACGUGGAGGUGAUGUUGAAAUGGCGUCCUCCAGCCAUCUAUAAGUACAUGUGGAAGUAUGUGUGUCUGCUGGCUAUGGUGGGUCUGCUGGCUGCUAGUCUGCUGCGGAUGUUCUUCAAGUGGCCCACUUACACAGCGUGGAACCACAACACGGGCUCUGAGAGCAGUCUGGGAUACCCGGGUUGGGCCUUGGUGAUGCUCGCGUUGCUCAUCAUCACCGCCUCUUUACCAGUGCCUGCCGUCUACAUCCAUUCCCUCCUCACCCAUAAACAAGAACAAUCACAGGCAGAAGGAGGAGCUGAGCAUCACAGAGAGCAAUACUCCAAAUGUAGUACCAACGAACCUGAACUCAACAACCAUCACAGUGCUCCGGAUGAAGACGGCAGCCGACCCCGAAGUGUCUUCCUGCCCGGGGCUUCAGAGCAUUACAGGCUUCUCUCACAACAGGAAGAAGAGGAGGAUGACACAGAACUAUAAUAAAGACAGACAAGGAAAAAACAAAGACAGUUUAAAUAGCAUAGUGGAGAAGUGACAACGCUGACAGUGUCAUUUUAAAGAUCAGGCAUGCGGAGAAAUAGAAUAUAAUCUUAAAUCUGGAAGAGGAUCAACACAGUCCUUUUUAUGCAUUUUUAUGUUUUUUAGAAACCAAACUGGAGUUGUGUGUCAGGAUGGCACCGUCGAUACUGAAACACUGAGCUGUGUGUCACAAAAGCAAUAAUUUAUACGCUAUAUUAGUGACCUCGUUGAUUCUGCCGUAAAGACAUCAGCACAGAUGUCCGAAAAGUACAUGACUGCAAUAGAAACUGAUUCAAAACAAACGCAAACUCCGACACACUUUUUAAGUAUUGUUCAAGGAAAUAGUGUAUAGAUGCGGAGUACAUUAGUGACCGAUAUGUUACUGAAUUACUAGCGAAAAAAGAUAUAUCUAGUUAAAAUUAAUCUCUAACCUUUCACAGUCUGUGUCUGUGAGCUAACAUGUGAUGAACUUGGGCUGGGUUAAAUAUACUAGUUUGUGUUUAUCUACAGAUUUAUUGUAUAUAGAUGUAUUCUUACAUAGAAGUAUUCUAUAAGGACAUUGUUUUUCUUUAUACAGGGAUAUUGUUAGUGUUUUUAUUUAAAAAAAAUAAUAACAUUGCUAUACUUCUCUUUUUCAAAGCACUGGAAUGCAAAGAUUUGAUAGCCGGAAGCUCAAAACCAAGCACCUGAUACACUGCUGCAGUGUCUGCGCUGGUAGUUCUACUUUUGACCACAAGAUGUCGCUAGCGUUUAGCGUGAAUUGUGCUAAAAAGGUUUCAAUGAACUCUUUUACAAGACAGUUAGGAGGAAAGCUGAAUUCUGCAGGUUUCUUGUGCUCAGAGUUCCUUGGGAUAUGCUUCAGGUUGUGUUUUUUUUGUUAUUUGAAAGUCACACUAUCUUGUAUAUGACAAA